CCCAUCCCGGGCAUCACGGCAAGAUGGACUUCUUGAUCCUCUUCCUCCUGUACCUGGGCCUGGUUCUGCUAAGCGUGGUGGUCUGCAUCUCUUCCGGAAGGGAGCAAAGCUUCUCCUCAAAACUUGCCACCUGGGUAACUCGGGUGCUCUUCUACGUAAUUCCAGCUCCAGUUCACAGAGCUGCUCAGAAGGCAAUUCAUGGACUCUUCCAUACACGAAAUUCUUUCUUUGUGGUCUUGCACUUGAUCUUGGAAGGCCUGGUUUAUGGCGAGUAUACCUGGGAAGUGUUUGGCUACUGCCAAGAGCUGGAGUUCAGCAGGCCCUUCCUCCUCCUCCCUUACCUCCUGUUGGCUGCGAAUGUGAGUUUCUUCAUCCUCUGCUCCAAGACUAGUCCAGGUACCAUAACCAAAUCCAACCAGCUUCUGUUUCUUCAUGCAUAUGCAUAUGAUGGUGUGAUGUUUCAGCAAGAUGUCGAAUGCCUUACUUGCGCAGUGAGAAAACCAGCCAGAUCCCGGCACUGCAGUGUGUGCCAGGCCUGCGUGCAUCGUUUUGAUCACCACUGCAUUUGGGUCAAUAACUGCAUUGGAGCUUUCAACAUCAGAUUCUUCCUUUGCUACCUGCUCACUUUGACCUCCAUGGCCGUUUCUAUUGCAACUGUAACAGCCGGCUUUCUCGUCCAAGUGGUCCUUUUGUCGAAUAUUACAUUGGGACAUUACACUGAUGACCAAGGUCAAGAACAUCCAGUCGAUACCUUCUUUCUUAUUCAGCAUCUUUUCCUGACCUUUCCUAGGAUUGUAUUCGUGCUGGGUUUCGUCAUUCUUCUGUCAGUUAUCCUGGGCUCCUAUUUCUGCUUCGUCCUGUAUCUUGUACUGACCAACCAGACAAGCAACGAGUGGUUUAAGUCAGCAAGAUACACGUGCUCCUCCUCAGAGAAACACAGCAGACAGGACGGGUACAAAAAUAUGUACUCCAAAGGCAUCUGGGCCAACAUAGCAGAAAUCGUGAAGCCCCUGACAAGUCCUGCAAAGAAAAGGAAGUGACUCCCUACAGCCCCAACGGACUGCCGGCCCCAAAGAUCUGGCAAAGCAGAGUGUUACCAGCCCUGCACACCAGCCCUGCAAGCCUACCUUCCCUGUGAUGAACAGGAAACCCUGGGAAGCCCACGGUUUCUAUCCACCCUGCAACUUUUAAGUGGUCAACAGCAGCCUUCCCUGACUUAAGCAUGGACUUACGGCACAGUGCAGCAUGCCAAGUUUAAACUUACAUUUCUGCUAGAAACUGAUUUUAAUUUUUAUUAUUUCUCUGAUGUUUUUGCCGGUUGCUUGAGAGUGCUGGUUGUUUGAGUCAAGCAACCGGCAAAAACAUCAGAGAAAUAAUAAAAAUUAAAAUCAGUUUCUAGCAGAAAUGUAAGUUUAAACUUGGCAUGCCGCGCUGCACCGUAAGCCUGCGCUUACGUCAGGGAAGGCUGCUGUCGACCACUUAAAAGCUGCAGGAUGGAGAGAAACCCUGGGCUUCCCCCACUGGGGCUCGCCGGCGCCCAGCGGUUCCCCACCACCCUGCCUUGUGGGGCUGAGAGGAGGGGAGGCGGUGGCCAAGGGCUGCGCCGCUUUACCUGAGAAGUCGACCAGUGCGGGGCUCUCUGGUCCAAACCAGGAGCAGGCAGAAGAGGCGAGGGAGCAGCAGCCGCUGGGGCACUACCUGGCGCCGGCUUGCACUCUGCCCAGCCCCCAGUUCACUCGGUGUGGCGGAAUCCAGGCAGCCCAAUCUGGCCACACGAUGGCUCCAGCCAAGAGAGUCCCUGUCCUUCCCAGGACUGGAGCAGCUGGGGGAGGGAAACUCCACAAGGAAGAGGGAGGCGAGGAAAGGGGCGGGAACCAGUGGGGAGAACCAGGCAGCAGGAGACUUCUCCCAGCUUCUGCACAUUUUCCCCAAAGAGGAAAUCCCGGUGAGGUCCAGCCUGUGGCACAGUUGGAAAAGCGAAGAGUGCAGCUGCUUGUGUGCCAGUGAGGAAGCUCUUCCAAAAGCUGGCGGGACUGUGGGUGUGUGCUGCAGAGGACCUGGCCAGCAAGCUCACUCAGCGUUGAUCGCUGCACGGGGACUCCCUGCUUCCCAUUAGGCUCCCUGGACCCCUUCCUGGCCAGUCUCCUUUGAGGUUGCCAGUUCUUGUCAACCUGACCCCCUCGUGGGCCAUCAACUUCUUUUGCGCCUCGCUUUUUAAGGCCGCUCGCUUUGAAAAGACGUGAUGCUGCUCUGGGGCGGGAUGAGCUCCAGGCUGAUUUUCGGCCAUGCCCUGCCAAAGCAUUGCUGAGAACUGCUCCUUAACUGGCGCACCUGCCCCUUAAUGUGCUGCCUCAUUAUUGCUGGUGCCGCUGCCAUCUGCACGUUGGCGGGGGGGGGGGGGCAAGAGGCCUAUUUUUAAUAGUAACUCUCAAGCAACCAGAAACUACAUUUAUCCGGCAUCUACCAAUCCCCAUGGGUGCUGGUUAACUGAGAGUCUACUGUACUAUGUACUAAAUGAUGGAAGACCCAGAAGGGGAAAAAGUAGGAAUCUGUCAGUGUGGGAGCUGAGUGGUAUUCUUUGCGCUUUUUAAUGUUUGCUUGCUAAAGAGCCCUAGGGAGGCAGUGGUAUGUUACUACUACUAUUACUACUAUUUUUUGGGUAAGACGACUGGAGGCCUACACCUGCUCCAUUUCCUGCUGCAAAUUGACAGGAAGCCCUGCUCUACAGCGUUUUGCAGGUAGCUGGAGCUGGAACCAUAGACAGCCCUGGCCUGUGUUAUGUGGGUAUCAGAAACCUCUAAGAGGCCAAUUCUGUGGCUGGACCCCUCCCGUCCUUGAAUUACGAGGGCUGAAUUUCUGUUUGAAGCCUCUGAGCUGCCCUCUUGCACAAUUCCCUUUCCUGCUGGCUUGCACCAGGGGACAUUCCUGAGAGAAGUAAUAAUUGGUAUCUUUGAAGCCUUCAGCGCUCUCCUUUAAUUACAUCAGAAUACAGCAAUGUAAAAAAAUUGUUUUUUAAAAAAAUAUUUACAAAUUAAACCAGACAAUAUAUAAUUAAAAGCUACAUGGUUGCAACAACGUA